CGCCGGCGGCGGCGAUUGGCCGAACGGAAGGGAGGGGGCGGAGACCGGCGGGUUCGAGGCUCGGAGGCGCUCCCGGAAGGUCCUGCGCGUUUCCCGCCCCGCAUUGCCAUGGCAACGCCGUGAACCGCGCGGCCAGGCCCGGCCUGGUGCUGUCAUGGCGGAACCCAGCGCGGCGGAGCAGCGCUGGCUGCAGGCCGCUCGGGACUUCAUCCGCCGAGCGCUCCCGGGUCACGAGGGGCCUGGCGGGCCGGAGCCGCCGCCGCUGGACGCGGUGCUGCGGUGCCUGCGGAGCGCAGGAGGCGGGGACCUGCCGCUCGCAUACAGUUUCAUCUCCAUCUCUGACUUACAACAUCAGCAAUGCAUGCCGUGCUGCAGCCACCUGACCUGGAGCACUAAUGAAUUUAAAGAAUGGGCACAUCAAGGAGAAGGUGCUUUGCCUAUGCAGAGCGCUUUGCCAAGGACUUACCUGAUCUUGGUUGGCUACUUAACAGAUAGAAGGCAAGAGAACAAAGAAGAAUUGGUAGAUGGUUGCCUAUACGUGAAAGACAAUACUGGGAUAAUUCCAUGUGAGCUCCUGCAUUUUAAACUCGAGUGGCUGGAGUCACUGUUCCUCUUCCCAAGCUGGUCAUAUAUACCACAGACAGACCGGAACGCAGCAGGGUACCUGGAAAUCCUGGUGGAUCCAGUGCCAGUAAAUCUCCCAGAGGAAGUACCUGCCAGCAUUCCAGUCCCCUACCCGGUGUCAGCUGAGCCACUGCUCACCUCCAGGAUUCCGUGUAAGGAAAGAUCAAAGCUCACUGUGGCAGGUGAAUUGGCCAGACUUGGGCCUCUGCUUUGUGUUAGCCACAAGACAUUCUUCUUUCUGUUUCUGAAGUGCUUCACCUCAGCUGUUUUGUUCCCUGUGUUGGUGCAGAAGCCCAACCAGCUGGCAUGGCAUCAUACCCUCCAGCUGGGUCACAGGUACACAAUAACAGGCCUGAGUGUGUCCAGCCUGAAGAAAUCUGGACAAAGAAUGUUUGUCACCCGUGUUUCUUCCUGCCUUCUGCCCUACUGUGCAGAGCAGGUGAGGGAGCAGCCAGUGGACAUUGCUUGGGAAGGAGAAUCCACUCCAUCUUCUUCCCUUGAGACUGCUGAGCAGCUCAGUGGUUCCUUGGAGCCGGGAGUUGAAGAGGAGAGGCCAGCAUCAACCAAAGAAUCCAAGAUCAUCUCAUAUGUGGGAACUGUCACCAAAAUACUCAAUGUCAAAGCUGGUCUCUUUUUACUCGAUAACAAAGUCUGCUUGUGCCUCGCUUACCAGCAGUUGUUGAACUCUGCACGUGGACUCCGACCAGGAGCAUGUGUGGAGCUCAUCGAUGUCCACCUCCUGCAGAAGCCUCUGGCAUCCUUCCCUUUCGUUGUACUCGGUGCUUGCCUGAGCAGCACUGUUGUGCUGAAGAGUUUUUCAAGGCUCAGCACCCCCUAUCAGCCACCAACAUCUUCAGGAAAUCUCUACCUACAGCUGCUCUUUCGCCACAACCUUGGUAUGCCACUCUACCUCUGGCUGGUGAGCCUCCUGGAGACAUUUGAGGAAAGGUUUUCUUGUUUCUUUGGGCGCUGUACACUAUCGCUUAGCUCUACGCACCGAAACCCUAGAGCUGCUGAGAAGUUUCUUGUCCCCCUUCUGCAAGCUAUGGUUCCAGAUAGAGAGGAAGCAAGAGAUAUUUAUAAUGAAAUCCUAGCGAAAAUACACCAGUGUCCGCUGCAGAAGUGUUUGACCCUGAAGCCUCCAUGCCAGGCCCCGUCUCUGUCUGCAGUUUACCGCAUGGCAGAGCGGAAGAGCUGGGAAGGCUUCGGUCCAUCACAGCUGCUUUCCCCCUUGGAGGCACAGCACAUGGGCACCCAGGAGCUGAAUCGCAGACUGGCCUGGUCCUACUGCACACUCUCAGCAGGAAGUUUCCAGCCCCGACUGAUACUACUGGGUGUGCUGAGAGUCUCCUCCAGGAGCAGUUCCCUCCAGCUGCAGGACAAGACCAGCACGCUUCCCUGCGUGAUAUCCCGUAAGGAUGGCAGCCCCUUUGCCCAUACAGCUCUCCUAGGAUCGCUCUUGCAGGUGGAAAACUACCAGCUUAUAGUGGAGAGAUUCCUUCAGACUGAUUUUCCCUCCUGGGAGCAGCUGGCAAAUCUGGAGUAUGUGAGGGAGAAAAAAAUCAGUGUCUAUGUGCAGUUCUACUUCGAGGAUGUUCAGGUUCUCCACGCUGCUGAAGGACAAAUCCAGAAAGGACUUAGGAGUCAGAACAGCUCCUCUUUGAGGAAGAAGGAUGGUGGCAGCUUAACGUCUGAGCUGGAAACCCCAGAGGCAAAAAUGCUGAAAUUGGAGGAUCCCAAGCCAGAUACUCAGAGCGCUAAGGACUGUCAGAAGGGCCAGAGCACCAAUACAAGAACCAGCUGUGUAUCUCGCCUAUUCUUGGUUACCCAGAAAGAGGGUCUUAUGUUACGCAAUUACCAACUACCAAGAGAAGGAGAUGGAGAAGGACAGGAGCUGCAGUGCAGUUUCCAAGCCACUGUGCUGUGGUUGGGCACACCGCAGCUCUGGAGCCACUCCAGAGAUACUGGGAAUCCACUGGAGCUGGAGGAGACCAGCUGUGAUGGAGAAGAGGGCAUCACACAGCAUGAAGCACUACUGCUCUUCAUGGGGAAGUCUCUGCGAUGGUUUCCAUUUCUGCACCUGGAAGGGCUGUAUCGCUUCAUUGUGCCCCACUGCUCGGACUUGGAAGUGUUUGACAAGCUUUGUUUUCCACCCGUGCCAGCAAAGUUCCUGAGCACGUCAUCCUGCCCCCUGUGUCUGCCUGUCCAAGAUACCUGGCACUUACAGCAUGAGACAUGGAUAUCCUGUCUGACUGAGCACCAGCUGGCAGCCAGAUCGGUAUUGAGAGGCAUGGACCAGAGAAUUUCCUCCAUUCCAGAAGUACUUAGCAACAGUUUCACAGGUUCCCUUGUUUCUUUCUCUGGUGAGAUAGUGGAGAGGACCUUGUGUGCCUCUCCCAAGAAUGAGAAGACAUCUGUGACUUUUGGCCUUCGAAAGCAGAAAGGGAGUUUGCUAGCCAGUGAUCACAGCGUGAAGCUCAGCAUCUCAGUUGCUCCAGGCUCCCCUGGUGUGGUGGACAUUUACAUUGCUGCCACCUAUUUGCAGCAUCUCCGGGGUUUGCUACCUGGAGCUAAGAUCCUCUUCCAGAACUUGGAACGCAAAAUCUCUAGAUUCCAUAAUGUUUACUGCACCUACAUUGCCUCCAGUUGUGUAAGCAUCAUAUCUCUACCAGCUUUUCCCUUACCUUCAAGUCCUGCAGGAGAAGGAUCAUCCCCCCCACUAGUGUUUCUGUCCAGCUUGCAACCUCACCUGCAACACCUGCCUCAGGCACGGAUUUUGUGCCACUUGUCCUGUGUACUGACUCUGUCCCUGCAAUGGGUUUGCUCACUUUGCAGCAGCAUCUUCAAAGAGGGGAGGUGCACCCGUGACAAUCCACUGUGUCCAUCACGCACAGGAGUAAGGCAAGCCAGUGCACGGGUGCUGGUGGAGGAUGGAACGGGUGAAGCUUUCGUGCUAUGCAGAAAUCAGCACGUGGCAGCAAUGCUGGGCCUGAGCCUUCCUGAGUGGGAAGCUCUGCAGAACUGUGUGCAGAGCAGGGGCAGAGUGUCCAUUCAGCAUGGAGAAGCUACUGGCACUGGUUGUGUUGAGGAACCUGAGGAUCUCAUUGCUUGCUACCUAAGGAGUCUGUGCAGGAGUCCUCUCAUCUGUCGCCCUGUCCUGCUGGAUUUCAGCCUAGACAGGAAGCCCUCCAAGAUUCUGCAGCCUGCUCCACCGCAGCUGAGAAACUUUCGGUGCGGUGAAGUGGAGUUUGUGUCGCAAGUGGGACCUCGGCCAAGCCUGCUGUGCCUGAACGUGGAGGAAGUGGAACAAGAUGCCUUAAGCUAUCUGAACAGUGAGAGGAUUAGGACAUCUGGUCACUGCCGAGUGGGAGCCACUGCUUAACAUCUCUCCGAGUAGGAGAAGAACUAUGGAAAUAACUACUGGGAGUGGGAGCCUUUUAUAUUUCCUUUCCACUGGGAGCAUGGGCCUGUGAGCACAGGGUGAAUGGUGCAAUCAAGAAGCUGCUCUGACUUGUGGAAUUCCUGAAUGGUCAUUCUGGACCAUUGCCAUCAUUGCUACUGGGCUGUGUUUUAGAAGAGAGAUGUUCAAUAUUUCUACAUGGUAACGGCUGCUUUGGGCAUAGGGCACACAAUGUGUGUAUUUUAUGUGGUAGUAUCUACUGAAUAAAGCCAUUAAAAUACAGUUUAAAUAA